CUCCAAUGUUAUUGAAUGAAAAGUUUUUUAAACCAUUAUCGUGCAUAUAUGAAGCUUGUUAGACCAGCUGUUAAAGCUGUUCGACGCCCCAUUGCAGCCCGGCUCGUUGUGCGACGUAAUUUGCUUCUAAUUUUGCAAUUUCCGCGGCUAAUCGCACCUGCGAGGAGGGCUUUCUCAAAAUCUUGGCCCUUCCAAAAGAAAUUAAUUAGAGUUGUCGGCUAGAUUGAGAGCAAUGUCGAAGGUUUGCGCUUUGCCCGUGCAGACUCAAGAGGCGACGGUGCCAUCACCGGACACCAAAGUACAAGUGGUGCCCAAAAAGGUCGUCAUGACGGUGGCGAUCGAGGGCGCCAAACCCUUCAAACCGCCGCUACCCCAAAACUAGCAAAACCAUUUACAAAAGUCGGAGAAAUAUUUGGACUUGGGCCAGUUAGUGUGGCUCAAACUCGCCGCCGGGCCCUCGCUCUAUUUUCGCAAAUUUUCCUCGCCGCGCUCGCUCAACAUGGGCCUGGAAAAGUUUCAGAUUUUCUUCGACAACCCGCAGGCCGUUUUUUACGCCGGCCAAAACGUCUCGGGCAGAAUCGUCGUCGUCAACAGCACGCCCAAAAAAAUUAGAGGAAUCAAUGUGAAGAUCAAGGGUGAGGCCGAGGUUAGCUGGACGGAGACGAGGCAGCACUCGAGCGACUCCAACAACACCACCAUGGACAACGUCACCACCACCCCGAACAACACCACCACGGACACCCAGGAGACCUUUUCUGCCGAAGAGGUUUAUUUCGAGAACAAAUUCGUCGCCUUCGGAGGAGGUGGUGACCAGACCCUGAACCCUGGCGAGCACAUGUACCCCUUCAACUACGUCCUUCCAAUCAACCUGCCCUCGUCCUUUGAGGGCGAGUUUGGACACGUCCGGUACACCGUCCGAGCUGUUCUGGACAGGCCGUGGAAGUUCGACCAGGAGGCCAAGGCCGCCUUCACCGUCAUCAGCCCCCUCGACCUCAACGCCGACCCCAAAUUGGCCGCUCCUGUUACGAAGCAGAAGAGCAAAAAGUUCUGCUGCUGGUGCUGCGCCUCCAACCCUGUCAACAUCGUCCUCACCCUUCCGACGGGGGGCGCCGUCCCUGGAGAGACUCUUCUCCCCACCCUUGACAUUGAAAACAACUCCAGGGUCUACCUGAGUCUGAUCACCCUCAAAUUAGUCAAGUCGGUGACCUACAAAGCCAGGGGCGGAAACACGAAGAAGGUCGAGGUGAGCAUCGCCGAGAAGAACCUGGGCUACGUCGACUCGGGCCAGUCGCACACCUUCGAGAGGGAGGCCCUGCAGAUCCCCCCACUGCCCCCGUCCAACCUCAACAACUGCAGCGUCAUAGACCUCGAGUACUACUUGGAGGCGCACUUUUCGCCCUCGAGCUUCUACUGCAGCUUCCAGGUGCGGCUGCCGGUGGUGGUGGGGACGAUUCCCCUCUCCUUGAACUUUGCCCAGUAUGCCCCGGCCGUCCAAAACCCACCCCUGGGCUGGAACUUCAGCCCCUCGGCGCCUCACAGGGACGGAUCGCCCAACUACCCUGAUUUGCCCCCACCGACUUACGAGGCGUCCGUGUUUGGUGCUCGGAGCACGGUCGAGCGGACGGACAACCAGUUUGUGUUCGGCGAAAAGAACUUUGCCCCCAUGUACCCUGUCUAUCACCAUUCCUAGAGGCUCUCUGUGCCUGGAGAAAUUGCUGAUUUUUUCAUCAAAUGGAAACUUUGCAACGACACUCCUGAAGAAAGUUUGCCAAUUUAU